AUGUGUAUAUUUCAAAAUGUUUCGUUUCAUACAUUAGAUUUUGGCAUUAGCAUUUUAAGCACAACUGAUGGUACUGAGUGGACUAAUAUUGGUUUAUUGACUCGGUCAAAUAUCACUUACAUGGAAAAUUGGGAUAUACCCGGCUGGGAUUAUGCUGACGUGUCAAAUAUCGCUAAACCUUCAGAAUGUCAAGCAGCUUGUGACAACGAUCGUGUCUGUAAAUCCUGGUCAUUUGUUAUGCGUGAUCAGACAUCCUAUUGUUACUUGAAAUCAGGUGUUCCUUUACCCGUUAAAGCCACACAAUGUACAUCAGGUGUGAAAGUGUUAAAUGCACAAGAUGAACAACUAGUUUGGAUUUAUAUUGAUCGAACACAGUCGUCAACCGAUCCUGAAGCAGAACAUUCACCCUACUUUGGUUCUAUUUGGUUUAAAACACAUGAAAACUAUUUGAAUAUUAACGAAGAUAAAUGGUUUUAA